AUGACCAGCAGAGGCCCAACUCUAAUUGGCCUUGGUCUCAGCUUAUCGUUGUAUGGGGUACUCAUCGCCCAGAUGACACUUUAUUGGCGAACCUACGCACUUACUUCAGACAAGAAAGACAAGAUCUGGAUUCGCUACUUAAUGCUCUACCUUUUUGGACUCGAGACCGUGAUGGUGGUCUAUGACAUUGAAGCCACCGCCUCUUGUCUCUUCUCCCCCAUACCAGCUCUCAACAUACCUGAAGAUUCUACAAAUCCUUUAUUAUCAACUAAUGCUAUAUUGACGGUACUUCUAUCUACCCCCGUGCAAAUGUUCUUGUCCUGGAGGAUUUUCGCCCUCUCGCGUGGCAAACUCAUCGCCGCCUCCAUAAUUGCUCUUGCGGGUACAUCGCUCGUUUCUGGCAUGAUAACCGCAUCCAUAACCCCGCGAGGCGUCUUGCUGGCAGAGUUUCAGUUCUCUUCCGACCCUUCGAAUAUCCCGAUGGUGGUCUGGUUGUUAUCUUCCGCUCUCGCCGAUAUCCUCAUUACUGUCGGCCUCGUGGCCUAUCUACAUCCUCGUAAAACAGGAUUUGCAUCUACAGACCUUCUUGUUGUUCGAAUAAUUCGACUUGCAAUUCAAAGCGGGAUGGCGACAACGGCAUGCGCAGUCGCAGAGGGGAUACUGGUCCUCGAACAAAAGCGCUUUCAACUCGCUUUCUACUUGAUCCCUGAAUUCAUUUUAUCGAAGCUAUAUGUCAACUCCCUGUUUGCGACGUUGAAUGCUCGGGAAAAGUGGAAUGGUCUGCUAAGAGAUGAUCGUCCCACUAGUUUCUUGCAAUUCAACAAUAACAGUAAUCACAAUGGCUCGGAACAGACGUCUCACACUGGUUACUGUUCUUCGGAAACGCUUGAAGCUGGCAUGAGCUCUGUUGCAGGUAUCAGAGAAGAGGUACGCAACCCAGCGAGUGGAGUUGCGUUGAAUCCGGUUGUGCAGAGACUUUGA